CGCUAGCAGAGUUAGCUGCAGCUAUGCCUUUACCAUGGUGUUCGCCUGGUCACGAGCUGCCAAUGUAACGUCAGUCCGUGAAGCAGCAGUCGCCAUUUCAUUCUCCGAGGGUUGAGACGCAGAUUGCGGCUGCAAAAGAGACGUGGCAGCUCCACAAUGGUGAAAAUAUUCAUUGGGAACUUGUCGCCAGACACUACAUCAGAUGAACUCCGCUCUCUCUUCUCCCAGUACGGCAAGAUCGCAGAAUGCACUAUUGUCAAGAACUUCGGCUUUGUGCACAUGGAUGACAAAACGGAGGCAGAAGAAGCCAUCCGCAACCUCCACCAUUACGAGCUCAACGGCCAGCCCAUGAAUGUAGAAUUGAGCCGCGGCAAGUCAAGAGGUUCCACCAAGCUUCAUGUUGGCAACAUUGCCUGUACCAACCAGGAGCUGAGGGCUAAGUUUGAAGAGUUUGGCACUGUGUUGGAGUGUGACAUAGUAAAAAACUAUGCUUUUGUUCACAUGGAGCGAAUGGAGGAUGCCAUGGAGGCCAUUAAUCAGUUAGACAACUCAACUUUUAAAGGCAAACUGAUGAGCGUGAAGCUUUCGACUAGCCGCCUACGUACUGCGCCGGGAAUGGGAGACAGAUCGGGUUGUUAUCGUUGCGGGCAGGAAGGCCACUGGUCCAAAGAAUGCCCUCUAGACCAAAAUGGCUACCACAGAAACGGCUCAGAGCCGAAGUCUGAUGGAUACGAUGCCUCGAGAUUUGACGGGCGUGGUCGCAGCAGGGGUUAUCAUCCGGACUUCAGUGGCGAUCCAGAUUACGGUGGCGGCUAUGCUCCUGUACAUGUUUUUUCCCGGGGUUCUGGUCACAGCAGCGGCAUGGCAGGGUACAGAAGGGGUGCAGGCUACGAGAGUGCAAUGAGAUACGGGCCGCACCCAGGUUAUGGCAUAAGCGCCGUUCCUGAUCAUAGCAUGGCUCGGAUGUACAGCAGCGAGGCAGCAUACAGGAGCAACGGCUCACUCUAUGGCGCGGUACCAGCCUACCCGAUGCGACGGUCGCCUUACGAGGAAAGGGAUCCGUACGGGGUCGUGGACUACUAUGAGAAGUACAGGGCCAAUUCUUACGGAGGCAGUUAUUUCGAGGAACGCCGCGCCGUCCCCUUGCCUGCUCCUUCAACAUCCUCCUCCACAGCUAUAAUAAGGGAACGUCUUCCCCCCUCUAGCCUUGACCCAUACGAGUGCCCUCCCCUCCCUCCUCCACCAGCGCCAGUCUCCUCAUACUAUGCACGUGACCGGAGUCCGAUUCGGAGAGUCCCUACCGAGGCAGAUGGAUAUUCAUAUGAGCGUUCGCGCCUUUCUCCGGUGCCCACCCUCCCAAGAAGUUCUACCUAUGAGCAUCCGCGGGAUCCGGCCGCUGAGCGGGCACGCUAUACAUACUAAUCCUUGUCCCUUACAGCCAGGUGAGAGCUGACUGCCAUUUAGCGGAUAGGUUAGCCUAAGUGCCAUUGGAAUCACUGUAAUUUAAACGUUGAACAGUAAAUCCCAUUGGUUUUAUCAUGGGGAAGAAGUCAGCCCUCUAAAUAUGUGACACGUGUAGGUAGUAAGGGUUAAGGUUACAAUAAAGCCUGCCAAUCAUAACAGCUCAUUCUCAUUCCAGCUUAUGCUACAAAAUGCAGUACAACUAGCACUCAGUUGAUCACCUUUCAUCCACCUGUUUACAUGUUGUGGUAUUGGUGCAGUCCUGAGAUGGCUUAGUCUAGUGUGGAAGUGCUGAUACUGGGUUUAUCUACAACCCAGGUGACAUCCAUUCAUGAUAAUGUAAAAACUGAAAGUAGCUAUAUACAAUAUUUAGCCUCAGUUAAUAGAAACACAUUAUUAAAUUAGUGCAUGGUGCAUGUUUUAAAGGUGAGUCUUAGGGUUAAUUCAGUUUAAUAAAUUCUUUUCAUGAGCAUCUUAUGUGUAUGCAUUUUAGUAUAUUUGUGUUAAUGGAAGUUUGUUACUGCAUAUGUGAAGCAAUGGCAAAACCAAUCAAUACUGUGUGCUUCAUCACUUACAUUGUUUAACCUGUGGACUUCAGUGUCACACCUGUACCAAAUAUAGACUUACAGAGAAUAAAAAAAAUGGUUAUACUUUUGUAUUUGGGUUAUAUCAAACCUUUUGUGUAGUUACAUUGAUGAACUUUUUUAUCAGGCUAUGUUGUGAUUAUGUUGGGGUGUUUUUCAGUAGGCACAUUACUUAUAUUAAAUUUAUUUUCAUUGCUGUGAUAAAUGUGAGGCGCCACAUCUAGAACGUAUGUUGUAGUUUCAUAAGAAAAUGACCUCAAAUGCCUGUGCUGUCUUUCUAACUAUAAGGUUCAAAUUAAAAUCUGUCUAUAACAAGA